AUGGAGGUUGAAGAGUGUGUUAAGGAAUGGGAAGAUUUGGUUGCAGAUUAUAAACGUCUAGAGGUCGUAAGUAAAGAAUAUGCUACAAAACUGGAAGAAGUUGGUGAGCUACAAGCAGCAUGCCUUAAGGAAAUUAAUCACCAGAAGUAUCGUAUGUCUGUCAUAGUCUCUGCUAUGAAAAGGUUGGAAAAGAAAGGUGUCACAAAAGAUGACCGCAUUGCUAAUUUAGAAAAGGAAAUAAUGAAAAGGAAAGCGAUCCUCCAUGAGAUCAAAGCUACUUUACCAAAACAGAACAGUUUGUAUCUGCGCAUAAUACUUGGAAAUGUCAAUGUGUCUAUCCUCAACAAAAAUGACAAGUUUAAAUAUAAAGAUGAAUAUGAGAAGUUCAAGUUGAUUCUCAGCGCUAUUGCGUUCGUGUUUGCUGUUGCCAAUCUGUACAUAGACUUCAGGCCUUUACAAUUAAUACUGCUGUUUCUUCUGGUAUGGUAUUACUGUACGUUGACGAUCCGGGAAAGUAUUUUGAAAGUGAAUGGCUCUAGAAUCAAGGGUUGGUGGCGGCUGCACCACUUCAUAUCCACGGUGGUCGCUGGAGUGCUUCUCAUCUGGCCGCAGAACGAACCAUGGAACAUAUUUAGGCAUACUUUCAUGUGGUUUAUCGCGUACAUCAGUGUAGUUCAAUACAUGCAAUUCAGAUACCAAAGUGGAGUGUUGUACAGGCUAAAAGCAUUAGGGGCUCGUCAUAAUAUGGAUAUUACAAUAGAAGGCUUCCAUUCGUGGAUGUGGCGGGGUCUCUCGUAUCUACUGCCGUUCUUGUUUGGAGGAUAUAUAUUUCAGUUAUACAUAGCAUAUACGUUAUAUAGCCUCAGUUAUCAUCCAGAUGCCACCUGGCAGAUAUCUUACCUGGCGGCUUUGUUUCUUACAUUGCACUGUUUCAACAUGUACACCAUACUGCAGACGUUACGCAAGAAAUUGCAGGGACGUUUGAAGCUACGAUACAAAUUACGAGCGAUUGCCUACCGGCUAUCUAAUGAGUUCGCGACAUUGGAUCAGAAAUGGAGACAGAAUAAAGUGGAAACAAAAAGCGACUAA